CUAGUCAGUGUGGUUGGGGACGCCGUGUGAGGAGGGUGUGCUGCUGGAAUCAUCCUGGCCGCGUCUCGUCUGUGGUUCGCUCCGUCACAACAAACUUAAAGACCUGUGUUUUAUACGGUAAUCAUACACUAUCCGGGUGAAAUCACAUCGUUUAUAUGACGUAUUGCUGGAAUCUAACUUUGUGAACAACGGAAUAUGCAAUUGUUUGUUGUAAUUGUGAACUGUGGGAUGAAUUAUGGAUAGGCCAGACCCCAUCAACGACACUGAGCCGAAACAUUUCUGACGAUAUUGCCUCCAUUGUUUGAUGGUUAACUCUUUAGAUGUGACCUCACAGCCCAUGGUCCUGGUUGGAGGAAAAACACCAAUAUGAGAGGAAGAAAGAAGUCUACCCUGGAGGAACCGCUGACGAAGAGUAAGAAGAGGAAAUAAACAAUAAUGAAACGGUGGCCAGAGGAACAAGUUGGGAUGCGGUGUAUGACGUGCUACCGGACAGUUUGCCCUGUAGUGAUGCCGAUUGAUUGGACUCUGUGUUGACUCCUGAAAACAAAAGUGACUGAUUCAAGGAAUUAAUUGAAAUCCUUUGGCUGUGUUAAUGAACAGAAAAAAAUAAAUAUUACGCCAUCAAGCAGUGCAUUUACUGACGAAAAGAAGCUUAGCAUUGAAUGUUGAUAUGCAGAGAGAAACGAAGAGAACUAUUGAUUUUGUUGACAAAAGACGCUGGCAAAAUGCAUCGCCAUUACAAACAAGUGAUUGGUAGUUAAGGAUGGUUGACGAGGCUCCUCAUGAGGACUAUGCCAGCUGGUAGGAUAUCUACAGGGGAUAGCGUCGAUGUGAUAGCAAUAUGGAACGACCUCUGUCAAGGAGACGAUUCAAGGAUGAAUGUAACGACUUCGGUUGGACACCCAGGGCCAGCCAGCUCGCCGUCCCGCCCACCUCCUCGUCACCAGCCCGGCAGGAGGAGAGAGAACGACGGCGACGCAGAAGAAGGAACUCCGGGGACCGUGAGAGGGAGUCCUCGGGCCGCAGGGAUGGGCGUUCUAAGGGCGGAAAUGGACGGGAGGAUAGGCGUGGCCUACCCACCGACUACCGGGGCGCGCUGUCCAAGUUCUCCCCGCCUGUGCCUCACGCCCUCCUCAAGAAGAUCGGCACCAAGGAUGUACAGGGGCUGGGCAAGGUGCGUGUGGUGCUCCGCGUCUCACCAAAAAUCAAGAUGGGUGAUGGGGAGACUGAGGUGGUGACCUUGGACAAGCGGCGUCGACAAGUCACUCUAGUUGAUCCUCAGGCACGCCAAGCACAGGAGAGCAGAGUGGGUGUUGCGGCACCUAAGAUGUUUGCCUUUGACCAGGUGUUUACACAGGAGGAUCCCCAGAGCGAGGUAGUGUCAGGGGCUGUUGUUGAUGUACUCCAUGCCGUCCUUGCCGGAAAUGAUGGGUGUGUGUUGUGCUUUGGUGGUGCAGUCCUGGGAAAGACUUACACUAUGCUGGGAUCACACACUGGCCCAGGGGAACUGGGGGUUGUGCCAUCUGCUGUGGCCUGGUUGUACAGAGCCAUUGUGGAGCAGAAGGCCAAGAGUGGUGCGAGGUUUAGCGUGAGGGUGUCAGCUGUUGCAGUUGAUGCAGCAGGAGCCAUGCUGACUGAUUUGCUUGCCGAAUAUGCACAAGAAGGCGAGGCAUCACCCAGUGCAUUGCUCCGAGACACCACUGGGGGCUACUUGUCCUCAGUUGCUGAGCUACGUGCACCGUCCCCAGAAGCAGCAGCCCACUAUCUUGAUGUGGCUGUAGCUGCACGAUCCUCACAUGGACGCAUCCAAGUGCAAUCAGCACAACAGGCUCCUCCCACCCCUGGCUCUGCAACAUUACUUUACACACUCCAUAUUUAUCAAUAUGCUGUUGAUAAGUCAGGCAAAGGAGGAGUUGUUGGUGGUCGUAGUCGCUUUCACAUGAUCGACAUGGGUGACCUUAGUGGUAGCAGUGGUGGGAUGUCAUUAUCAGCUCUCACAUCAGUCCUUUUAGCAAUAUUCAAUGGUCAAAGAUAUCUCCCAAACAGAGAAAACAAGCUAACCAUGUUGCUGAAGGAGGCCUUGGGCUCUGUGACCUGUCAUGCAGCAAUGGUGGUUCAUAUUUCACCAUCUCCAAGACAUGCACAACACACCCUUGCCACCCUCCAGUUGGCUUCUCGAGUUCACCGCAUGAGACGCAAGAAGUUAAGGGGUCUAGGAGGGUCCAGUUCUGGAGGUAGCUCAGAGGGUUCUCACAGCAGGUCUUCAGGAGGAGACACCUCUGCUGGAUCAUCAUCUAUGGACUUUUCUUCAUCAGAACAGUCAUGUGAUACAGUAAUAUAUAUUGGUGGUGGUGGUCCAGGAGAUACAACCGAUAAUGAACAUCCACCUGUAUUUAUGCCUCAUCACACCAACCAACGACUAUGGCCAAUAACUCGACUUAGGUCGAUGGAACAUCUACGGCCUCAUUCGGCAUCUCCGACGCCUGCACACUCACGUCGAGCUGCCUCUGCAAGCCCAACUCCUACAUCACGUUCUGUACCCAAUGGAAGAUCACAGCUUAAACCAAGACCACCCCCACGAACAGUUAGCAAUGUCAGUAGUCCAGCUAGUUCUGGAAAAGUAUCCCCUGGAGGUGGAUUUAUACGUCAUCAGCCAGGUGUAAGUCGUGUAGCAUAUAACAGCACUAGUGGACAGCAGCCUCUCCUAUCAUCAUUUAAACCACAAGUCACCCUUGGGCCUCUAGUGCCUGGUGAUCUCAGACAUUUUAACUAUAAUGCAUAUGAGGAACCAAAUAAUUUGGUCCCCGUAUUCCAACGAUCCCGUCUCCCUAUUGCAACACAACAACUCCACCAUCAAAAACAAUUAGAACAACAGCAACAUCAGUUACAGCAACAGCAUCUACAACAACAGCAACUGCAACAACAGCAACAACUACAACAACAGCAACAACAACUACAACAACAGCAGCAGCAGCAACAACAACAACAACAACAACAACAACAACAACAACAACAACAACAACAACAACAGCAUCAGCAAUUACAACAAAGCCAGCAACAACAAAAACAGCAGAUGCAACAGCAGCAAAAAGUUCAACAGUUUCAGCAGCAGCAACAGCAUUACCAACAUCAAAAGCUUCAACAGUUACAACAACCCCAGCAACAGCCACAGACUGCACAACAGCAAAUCCAACACCAGCAACUUCAACAACAAUUUCAACAGUUUCAGCAGCAACAUCAAAAGCAGCUGCAGAAUCAACAGCAGCAACAGUUGCAGCUCCAGCAGCAACAAGGUCGCCUUAAUGUAAAGGGCACAGGUGAUGCUGUUGUAUCUGAUGAACAGUGGAUUGAUGGGCCACGUGUGCACAAGUCACGAGUAACUGCAGCACAAAAGAUUAAAACAAGCAAAUCCGAAACCUGGGUUGAUGGGCCCCAGGUAACACCUAUAGGAUAUGGCUUCAUGGAUGACCAUAAGAAGACCAUGAUAGAGCGUUGGGUAGAAGUUCAAACAGCUCAGGUUGUUCAACAACUAGAGCAGCAGCAGACUGUACCAGCUCAGAUACCAAACCAGACAACCACCAACCAGCAGCAGUUUACUCAUCUUACUCAAUUCCGCACCUGUGAAGAGUCUACAUUAGACAGUGAUCAGGAUACAUUAAGCGAGGAUCCACCAUCUGGUCCUGGCAGACCACCUGGUCUAGAUGCAGCCUUACCACCACAGCCCAAUCUCAUUGAGGAGCUAGAACGUAAAAACCUCAUUCCAACUGAAAAUUCUGAAGCUAUACCUGAUCCUACUCCAAGUGAGACUGAAGUCCAAUCAAAAGAUCUUACCCUGGAUGAGAAAAGUUCUGAGCCUCGUUGUUCUCCAGAUGAGGUAUCGGGAGCAGAUGAGCCUUCUAUAGAUGAUAUCUGCUCACAGUGUGAGGCUUUGGCUGAAGAGUGUGAAGAAUUAAGUUCUCUACUGUCAUGUGAAGAAGAAGAAUGCAAGCGGCAAGCACACUUAGGCCUUGCCACAGUCUUGGAGGAACCAGAAUUAGAAGCAGCAAUUACAGCUGCAGAUCUGCAUAAAGAAGAGCAAGAGCAGGAAUAUGAAACUGGCCAUGAAGUGGACGAGGAGAUGAGCACAACUCCAAGGAGAGGCUGGGUCAGGCGUUCUUUGGCUUCCUCAGGAACACACCAUUCGACUGAACUGAUAGAGGUGCAAGUCCCAGACUAUCCUGUGGUUACCGUUGACUGUUGUAUACAGGUUUGUGAAGAAGACAUUGUUAGAGCCUUGUCAGACACCCCAUGCCAGAGUGAAGUUAUGAGUGUUGAAACUAGUGAUGAUCACCCACUAAGGGUCCUGUCAGAAGAAAAUCUCACAUGUGCUUCUACAUUUACUGAUUCGUACUCCCAGAUGGGUGAGACAGGUGAUGAAGACGACUCUGAUGACGAUGACUCGCGACCAUUUAGUCUGUUUGAGGUUACUGAUUAUGGUCGAGUGUGUCAGGACCUCAGCUUAGCACUUCAGUCAGAUGUAGCCAAUAGGAAUCUUCACGAACUAGCCAAGAUUCACGAUUUGUAUAGAACACUCGCCCGUCAAAGUCCAAGAGUUCACACAGGAGGCUCACGACUUCAAGCUGCUACACUGGCAGAAAUUCUAACCAACAGUCAUGACUCAUUACUAGAGGAUCAGAAACCUCCACUCGAAGACGACAGCAUAUGUAGUGAACCUGCACAUGCCGACGAGAAACUGUGUCGCCAUUGUAACAAGAAACAGCUUCGUCACGGUGAUAGUAUUCUUAAAUUAGAGUCUGCUUUCAGAAGCAAAUCACAGUGGCUGAGUCGACAUUUGGAAACAUUGGAGGAUUCUGCUAGUGAUAAGUGCAUUGGAACUGACGACCUAGAUUUUCCUGACGAACACUGCACUUGUGAUGUACAAAGUGAUCUUGUACCAUACAUCCCAUCAAUGUUUUUCAAUUUUUCUUCCGUGCAUAACCCCGAUGACGCGUCAGAUUCUAAUCUGACACGUCAAGCUUCAGAAGCUAGUCUGCAUUUAAAGGAUGCACCAUUAGCAGAUUCAACAGAAAAGCUGACUGACAGAGUCCCCAUAAAUGGAGUGUCGUUACCCGAGUUUAUAGAGGACGUUGAAGCUAAUGUCGUACUUUGCAACCCAGUGCAAUAUGAUUAUAGCAAAGAUGAAGAUGUAAUAGAUAUUAAUGAUGAGCGAACAGUGACUGGGAAGAGUGAUAAUGAGAGUGACUGUGUUAGUAAUAUAAGUGAAGACUCAGAGUAUAUGAUGCAAACUUCUAAACUUUCCAAAUUCCUUUGUGUAGGUGUUGGUAGAAGUAAAUCGAAAACUCCUUACAAAGUAGCAAAGCAAAAUAAUAAUAAGAUAGUAGAAAAUAAGAAAAAUAUGGCAAAAAUAAAAGAAUCUAAAGUUAAAAACCCAGCCAAAGGUAGAGAAAAUUCUAAAUCUCCUGAUCGCAAUUCAAAAAACUUGAUAAAGUCUCCCUCCCGAGUGGUCUCACAAAGUGCAGCGAAACAAAGUGUUAGCAGACGAGGUGACAAUGCAUCCGUGCGCACACGCUGGGGUAAAUCUGCCCGUGUUGGAGCAGCCAAACCCCCAGCUGUGGGCACCAGGGGUAACUAUCGGUAUACGUGCACCCUGAUGUAUCCCCCCGAUGCUCCUACACCCACCGAAGGAUAUGACUCUGGUCACGAUUCCGGUGCAGCUACCCAGGGUAGUGCUACUCCUUUGGAAAAUAAUGAAGCUUGGAGAACUACCCAAAAUCUCCAGCCACACCAGCAUCAUCAUCAUCAUCAGCACCACCACCCAGCAGCAAACAGUGGAUCUCUUGGCACUAACCCUUCCUUGGGCGAGUCUUCUGGAUACGAGAGUAUCCCAAGAGACUCGGAGUGCUCCUCAUUCAGCUCUUCUCAAGACUCAGAGAUGGAUGAUGAACACCGUAGGGAUGCCCAGGCACAUUCUCAAGCUUUUUUGCAUCCUCAGACUCCUCCAAAACCACAAGUUGUAAAUGCUUCAUCUAAAGUGCAGGUUGAAGAAUGGUCUGAGGAGGAUGUAAAAAGGUACGAAGGCCGACCUUCUGCUGCUGAAAUUCCUCAGAUGAGGGCAUCUCGUCAGCAGAUUCUUUCUCUGAAAUCGGCUCAGAGGUCAUUAAAAGUUGACUUAGCACAAGCUAAGGGAAACCUUAAUGUUCCUUCUGAUUCCUGGAGCUACGAACUACACGUAAAGGAGGAUUCGCCACUGGAUCAUCGCACUUUUGUGGAAGCACUCGCGAGGGAGACGGUCAUCUUGCAAAAGCGCGUAGCAGCCGCCCGGAGUCGUGUCCUUAUUGUUACAGCUUUCCUGCCUAAAGAACGACUUGAAACUCUUAUUAACUGACAUUGGGGGCUGUUUAAGCGCAUUGUUCUCCAUCUUUUUAUUUUAUUUUAUUUUUUACUGUUCAUCAAUUCACAAGGUCAGAAUUAUUAUGUUAGGUAACAGCAAAUAUAUAUAUAUAUAUAUACAGUACAUAUAAUUAUGAAACUAUUGACUUCAUUCCCUUGACAUUCAUGUACACAUGCAUCUUGAUAUUAAAAUAUUUGGCAAGUUGAAAUUAUCAUAUGUUUGCCCAACUCAGGUCGUGUAUGUACAUCAAGACGUAAGGCUUAGUAUGUGUAGUAAUGAAGAAUAUAGAAAUUUAUCACAAGAGUAAGGUGGGAAAAAUUUAAUUCUUAUCCUAUCUUCUGUUAUGGUUUUUGUAAUUAAUUUUGAAAACAAAAUUUAAGAUUCUGAAGAAUUUGUGUUCUUUAUCAGCCAAGUUAAAUUUAUUGAUGUUAUAUCAUUAUUUUUUGUCUGACAUUGGUCACUUAAUUUAUUUGGAUUAUUUCCAACAUUAGAUUAUUUAAAUUUCUUGCCCAACACCACUAAUUCAAUUUAUGGUUGAACAUUUAAUGUUUGACAUCAGCAAAUUUAAGUUUAUUGUUCGAUAUAAGCUAAUUUAAACUGCCAGAAAUAUGUUGGGGAGACAACUUAGCAAAGAAAAUAGUUUUUAAUUUAUUUGUAUUCUUGGUACCAACAACAGUCCCAGUUGAUGUACUUGUGGCAAUAGAAAGAAAAAUGAUGCUAUAGGGUAAACAAUUUAAAAUUGUUCAUUGAUCAGUAUUCUCAAAGCAAAAUGGUAUGCCAUGUUAGUGAAAAGGAAAUGCUUUAAGCACUGAUUGGUCCAUAAUAAAAUAGUCUUAUUAUGCAAGAAUUGUUGUAGAUGUUUGAAAAUAAUUUUGUUCCAUUUUUCUCUCUUUUUUGUGAUCAAGGUUCAAUUUUGUAUAUUGUUUAGUCUAAGUCAAUAGAUUAGCUUUUUGGUGAAUGUGAUUCUUAUUGUAUAUUUGUGAGCAACUGUUUCUUGCAUACAGGUGAUUAUGCAGGAUUAUCUCAGUUGGAUAAUGUGUGAUUUACUUAAAUCAAAUGCACAGAAUACACAUUAAUAUAUAUUGAAUGUACAUUGGUAGAUAGUGACAUACAUAGUGAGGUUUGUCCACAAGCAGAAAUUACACAGAGAGGUAUGUAUGAACUGAUAUCUCUUUUCUAUAUUUAUAAAGUGGUCUUUUGCCAACAUAGUCAUGUAUUGUGUAAAAUAAAUGAUUGUUUAGUUAAA